AUGGAUGCUGCCAAUUUUGAGCAGUUUCUUCAAGAAAGAAUCAAAGUUAAUGGGAAAGCUGACCAGAAUGGAAGGGCUAAGGAGCCUAUCUGAACCUUUGACCUGGUGCUCCUGGAGUUCCUAGUGUGCCCGCUCUCCAAGAAGCCAUUCAGAUAUGAAGCAUCAACAAAUGAAUUGAUCAGUGAAGAGUUGGGAGUAGCAUAUGCAAUCAUUGAUGGCAUUCCUAAUAUGAUACCACAGGCAGCUAGGCUGACACAUCAAAAUAAGAAGAAAGAAGAAAUGGAGCAGCACUAUACUUAA